AUGGAUCUGCGGAGUCUGCUAAGCAAGCCGAAGGAUUCUGAUACUUUAAAAGUGUUCUGUUACAUGCUCGGUUUUGUGCUCUUCGGUGUUUUGGUAACUCAGAUAUCCUUUUACACGACACAUUUCCCGAACGAUGCAAGAAUCAUCAAGGUGGUUGUAUGGUCCGUCGGCUUAUUGGAGGCCCUCUUCACUGUAUUCACCGUCGUCGCCGGAUGGAACAACUUUGGCACGAAUUGGGGUGACAUGGACACUCUUCAAGAAUUCCACUGGUCAUGGCUAGUUCUACCACUGAUGUCAGGACCAGUGAUUUUUGCCACCCAGACAUUCUUUGCCUGGAGAAUUGCUAGAAUCUCAGCCAAAAUCUGGCUUGGCUUGCCAUUUGUCGUGCUGGCCCUUCUACAAUACUUCGCAUAUUUAUACUGGUCAAUUGGAGUAUGUGGCACAUGCACAUCAACGAUUGCUUUGCAACCCAUACUCACGUCUAUCAGACACUCGUACAUGCUUGUUACUGGUUUGGUGUGCAAUUUGUUGAUAACGGUAGCAAUGAGCACAAUGGUGGGCCCGACAUUGUCUCAGCGCUUCAUGUUACUCAUCGAGCCUCAGACGUUGAUGAUGCCAGAAAUGUCGUAUCGGUUGACCUACAACCAAAUUGCUCAGCUCUCCGUUGAGACGAACGUUUUCCUAACCAUAGGCUCUAUGAUAGAGCUCAUCUUAUGGCGCACGAUGCCACAUAAUGGCUUCCAUUUUAUGUUGUUUCUCAUAUUGGGAAGAUUGUAUGCUAACAUUCUACUCGCAUCUCUGAAUUCGCGCAUCCAUUAUUCGACAUCCCAAAACUCGAGCUUCGAAUCACGUAACGGCGCAACCUUGUGGGCUGACAUGUCUCGCCGUGAGAUAGACAUCAAUACAAUCCGGUCUGGCAUCAUGAAUGUCCAAGCAAACGCAAUCAUCAAUACCCAUCACGACUCUGAGUACGGGUUCCAGCCUUCUGUACGUGCAAGAUUUCCCUCCGGAGCAGCAGCUUUAAACCAACAAGUCACGCGCACUAUUUCACUUAGCGCCAACUAUCAUCUCCUCGAAAUCGAGGCAAUGAGUUCUUCCCUUCCUUUGAAUCCGCAGAGUUCUUCGAAAUCACAUUCUUUUCAUACAAAACCGUUAAGCUUGUCUCCUACAAACCCAACAACCUCACCUUCCCCGCAUAUUUCGCGGAAACACCGACCCCCUUCAAUCAACGUGACUCCAAAACGAAGCCAACUCGCCAGACGACAAUCUUCCAUAUCGUAUAUCGUUAGCCCACCUACGACAUGCCCUUCGGCCCCUUUGACAUGUGGUGCAGAAUGGCUGAACAGAGGUGACCAGAGACACGGCGGCCAGCUUUCGAGGAGCAUGUCAUUAAGCAGCAGGGCUGUCCUGAAGGGGGAUGUCAAGAGGGUAUCUAGUCGCAAUGCCUCUGAAGUCGACGACGGAAUGGAAAAUCAGAAGCGAGUACCAUUGACGCCGGUUGAGAGGCACGCCGAACUGCUUCAUAUCAUCGCGCAGAAGGAGUCCAUAUGUUUGGAAUUACGCUCUCAGCUUGAAGCACACGAAGCGGAGUUGCUGCAACUGAAACGAAAGUGGGAGAUUGUUGUCUCUCGUGGACUUGACAUUCCGACACCUCUGAGUCUGGAUCGCCUCCCUCCUACAUCCCAUGCCGUUGACAAAGGUUCCGCCGUCGUGCUUGAAGGGAUCAAGGAAGGUGUACAAGGCGUCGGUCGCCUAAUCCUCGGACAGCCAGCGACAACGUCGGGGAAAAGCCGGGCUCGAGGUGACCGCCAUCGCACCAUGAACACGCUCCAUCUAUCCCAAUCUUCCGACAUAUCAGUUUCCUCAAACGCAAGUUCCCGGUCUAGUGUAAUGACUGCUAGCACCAAACGGACGAGCGUAUCAUCUAGCGGCAGCGCAGGCGCUGACAAGGAGGCUCCGUUGGUGCGCAAGGACACAGGAGCAGCUCCUACAAUGAGCCCGAGCUCAACAUUCUCACCACUCUUGCAGCAGAUAGAAGUUCCUGCUGGGACGACUGAUACAAGGCGUGAAGAGUCACCCCUCGCCUCGUCUUCCCCUAGAAUCAGUAACAAAACCCUUCGCAGACGUUCGGCUGGUACUGGUUUAUCCCCUUCAUUGUCUUCACGUCUAGAUGACGAUCAUUCGGCCCUUUCCACUACAAACCAGCACGACGAACCUACCAAAUCAAGCAAGAAUCCCUCACUACCGCCUCCCGUGUCGAUACCUGGAUUAGGUGCCUUCUCUGCUGGCGUUGGUGCGGAUACAACUGGGCUGGGUAAAAGAUGGGAGGAUGGGUUAAUCAAGAGUCAGAGGCGAGCAUCCACAUUCUUGUCUGACCUUGUCUCUGCCUUCUCCCCACCGACUUCUUCAUCCCUUUUGCUGCACUCGUCUCCGAGCGCUUCUCCUUCCUCGUCGGUGACGCCACUCAGGCGUUCUCAUACGGCGCUCUCACCGUUGGCUAAGAGUCCUCCGGCUUCAAGAUCUCUACUCGACGACUCAGACGAUGAUAGCACAAUCGGAGGGUUAAUGAGCACCGACGUCAUGAUACCAGUACAGUCGCGGACAUAUCCAGCCAAGAAGACGCCGUUGCGUAGGACAUCCAGUCAGAAGGCUUCGAAACCCAGCAGCAUCCUGCCGGACGACGAAUGGAAUUGGUAG